GCACAACGAAACACAACGAAUUGCUCAUCCUAGUGGCUUACAAUGAAACUCCUCGUAACAUCAUUCUGGUUCUUCUCGUGCGACCUUCUCUACGUUGAAGCAGAAGUGGACGAAAGUGGCCAUUUCCGUGGGCUCGGUCCUGUGAACGGCGAUCCUAACGACGAAUUCUAUUACAUGCAGAAGGCUUAUCUUGAGGCCAUCUCUAUACCGGAGGCUUGGGGUAUCCUGGACUCUACUCCCAAGAGAACAUCUGUGACCAUCGCAGUUAUUGACGACGGAAUCGAGGCCACUCAUCCUGACUUGAAGGGUACCGUUAUCAAGGGUUACAACGUCGUUGAUAAGAAUGAUGAUACCAGUCCUCGAGGACCGCAUGGAACCGGCAUGGCGGGCAUCAUUGGUGCUAUCAGAAAUAACAAGAUCGGUAUAGCGGGUAUUCUGGACAGUGUGCGCAUACUGCCCAUAUCUACGGGUGAGCUUUCGACUUGGCCCGCAAUGGCGGAUGCUUUCAAAUACCUGAUCAAUAAGAGGAGAGAUGAUGUGAAAGUCAUUCUCAUGACGGAGGGGAGCUUUUCAAGUAGAUCCAAAGCCGUUACCGACAAGAUUCGGGAAGCAACUGCAGCUGGCAUGCUCGUUAUCGUCACGGCAGGGAAUGAGUACCUGGAUCUGGACAUAACCCCAUACUUCCCUUGUUCCUUCGACCGUUCACCCACUGAUGGAGUGUUAUGUGUAACUGCAACGUAUGGUACCAAAAUGCAGCUUAUGGACCAGAGCAAUUUUGGUUUAGCUGUUGACAUCGCCGCUCCAGGUUAUAAAACAGUUGCAACUAUUCUUGAAGGGGAGUAUGGCACUCGUUCGGGCACUUCGGGUGCCGCCGCUAUCGUAGCAGGUAUAGCUGGGAUGCUCUACAGCCUUGAGCCUUCUCUGAAGGCUAAGCUGACCCCUACUUACAUCAAAAGUAUCAUCAAGGAUACGGCCACCCAAGGUGUCAAGGACAGUAAAGGGGAAAAGACCCUUCCCUUCGGCCGCGUGAAUGCUGCGGCAGCUGUCAAUAAGAUACUUGAAAGAAAGAAGGUUUAAUUUUUCGCCCUGACUUCGUGUCAUGGUGGAGUCAAUGACACCGAGUCAUUGCUAACUUGUUCAGUGAACUCUCGUCUAGCUCGAUGGCCUCUCCCUUGCUCGAUAGAUCAUUUAUUUAUUCGAUUCAUUUAUUGUGAAUGUAAAGGUAUGAUCAUCAGACCUUCGAUCGUCAGAGUCUGAUGUCACAUGCGAUCGUAACGCUGAGGAU